GAGUCCAAACCGAACGAGAUGAUCGAGAUACAUUUUCGGCUCUUUCCAAUCAAUUUGCAAACCCCGCUCGGCCUAUUGAAGAAGUUGAAGCAAUCGGCGUUGGCAAGCGAGCUAGGUUGCUGACAAUAUUAUCUGGUUCAGCGGCCAAUGGCUGAGCAAUAUUUCAUAAUUCCUCCAUCACCAUCAAACCCCACAAACCCCGUUCAGUACUUUGCUCUUCAAAGAACCAGACGUAAUUAGAACUAGCUUGAUGAAAACUCAAUUGCCCAGCUUGGCAUCAUCUUCCCUCAAACCCCGGCUGGAUAACAUUCGAUAGUCUCGAUACUAAACCUCGGAGAUGGUUAUGGUUCACGAUUGCGCAAUGCCGCCAUUGACAGCCACGCUGGCUUUGUCAACCCGAUGAGGUCAGAUCGCCCGGGCCCAGGUUGCCCAGUAGCUAGUAGAUAAGCUAUAAAUGAGGGAGAUUGCUACCUAUCACUUGAACCAAUAAAGCUUCUUCCAUCACGAUUCUACAAUUACAACAAUUCUUCAAAAUCCUCAAGUACAUAGGUACUCUCUCGUCCUAAUACAGUAGUCAAACAACCGAAAUAUAUUUGCAAUGGCUACACCAAAUCAGCAAAACUUGGUUGACUCCAAUAAAGUCUAUGCCAGUAAUUUCACCAAGGGAGACCUGGCCCUUCCUCCUGCUAAGCAAUAUGCCGUUGGUAGAUGACUCUCUUCCACUUGUAUAUAUAUCAACACUAACUCUGUAAUCUUACCUCAGUAACUUGCAUGGACGCAAGAAUUGAUCCCGCUGCUGCUUUUGGUAUUGAUCUUGGAGAUGCUCAUGUAAGUCACUCCCCCAGGAACCAAGAAAGGCCGUAAAGCUUCCUUCUUCCGGCUUUACAAACAGCCAUUCGCCGUUCAAAUCCAGAAAUCAAUUGGUGACCCGUUCAUUUUUAGGUAAUAAGAAACGCAGGCGCCUCUGUACAAGACGCCCUCCGAAACCUAGUCAUCUCCCAACAACUCCUCGGCACCAAGGAAAUUAUAUUGAUCAAACACACGGGAUGUGGGAUGUUGGCUUUUGAGAAUCAACAAGCUACAGAACUCGUGCGCAAGAAUCUGGGAGAGGAGGGAGUCAAAGCCAUAGCUGAGGGUUUUGGGGGGCAGUUUCUACCGUUCUCUGAUUUGGAUGAGAAGGUAAGAGAGGAUGUUGAGUGGUUGGAGAAGAAUAAGGCUAUUGCGGAGGGUGUGAAGAUCAGUGGAUGGGUGUACGAGGUUGAAACUGGGAAAGUUAGGAGUGUGAAAUAAGUCAGUGGUGACAUAUGAGUGUGAUUGAAAUGGUGGAACGAGUGCUUUUGCGGAGUUGGCUGUUUGUGAAUUCUUCAGUCAAAAUGUUCUGGAUUUUGGGAACAAGAUGAAUAAUGUUUGAGAAUAAGUAGAAAUCAAGUUGCAC